AUGGUUGAUCGGCUCCAAGGAACAUGGAAAUCCAUUUCUUGUGAAAAUUUUGAAAGAAACAUGAAAGAGCUGGGAAUAGGACGAGCCAGCAGGAAACUUGCCUGUCUGGCAAGACCCACUGUGACCAUCAGUACACAGGAAGAUCUGAUCACUAUAAAAACCAAAAGCAUCUUUAAAAAUAAUGAGAUCUCCUUUAAACUCGGAGAAGAGUUUGAGGAAACCACACCAGGGGGCUAUAAAACCAAGUCCAGUCUAAUACUAGACUAUGACUCUUUGAUUCAGGUUCAAGACUGGGAUGGCAAAGAGAACACCAUAAAGAGAAAGUUGGUCGAUGGGAAAAUGGUGGUGGAAAGUGCCGUGAACAAUGUUAUCUGCACUCGGAUGUAUGAGAGAGUACCAACAAACUCAGUCUGA